CACAAAAUUCAAAUGUCAUAUUCCGUACAAUAUCUGGAAUAAAUAAUUUACAAGAAAAUCUAAAUUCUAUCAAGUUUCCAUUUUAUUGGUAGGUUCUUUGUUUCAAUAUGAUGUCGGCGGAUAAUUCGCCGAUUAAACCUUCAAAAUCGUUCAACGAAAUAGAGAUAGCUGAGGAUUUUGUGAACCAGGAUACAUUGUUGAAACACGUUGAUAUAUCUAUUGUGGAAUCGGAGAAACGUGCUAACGGAACGCUUCACGUUCGUGAUCAUUACACAGUGUAUUUAAUUGACCUAAAAGUAAAUGAUCCAGAGUAUAAAUUGGUACAAUCAAAAAUUAGCACAAUUUGGAGACGAUAUACAGAAUUUGAACAGAUACAUGAUUUUCUACAAGUUACAUAUCCCUAUGUUGUAAUACCACCACUGCCAGAAAAACGGGUAUUAUAUGCUUGGAGAAAAUCCGAUACAACCGACCCAGAGUUUGUAGAAAGAAGACGGGCUGGAUUGGAAAAUUUCCUAUUACGAGUGGCGUCCCAUCCUCGAUUGUGUUUUGAUGAUCAAUUCAUUAAUUUCCUGCAACAAGAACAUGGCUGGAGGGAAACAAUAACAGACAGUGGAUAUCUACUUUUGGCAGAAAACAAGCUUAAGUCACUUUCAGUAUCAAUAAGGUUGAAAAAACCAGAUCCGGAAAUUGAAAGUGUCAAAAACUAUGGAAAACAAUUGGAAACUAACUUGGGAAACUUUUUAUAUACAAGGUCUAAAAUAAUAGAAAAAAAUUAUGCACUAUGCAAACUUCAUGCCGACUAUGGAAAGCUAUUUAGUGAAUGGAGUGUAAUAGAGAAGGAAAUGGGUGAUGGCUUGCAGAAGGCGGGACAUUAUUUUGAUUCAAUAGCGGACAGCAUAGAUGCAGUGGCAGAGGAUGAAGAACAACUCGCAGAUCAGUUGAAAGAAUAUCUAUUCUAUGCGGGGGCUUUACAACAUCUGUGCACAAACCAUGAGGCUUUGCAACGGAAUCUGGAAAUCGCUCAUGAUACUUUGAAUAAUAGGGUAGCGGAGCGCAGCCGCGCGGCGGCGGGCAAGGCGGGGCUGAUGUCGCGGCUGUUCGGCACCACGGAGCCCGACAUCGUGCGCGACCAGAGCACGCGCGCGCUCGACGCCAAGCUGCUCGCCGACCGCCGCGCCAUCGACGCCGCGCACGCGCAGCUGCAGGAGUUCACAAAGAAAGCGACGGCGGAGAUAGAAUACUUCCAGAAGCAAAAGGACAGAGACCUGCACGAGUCGCUCGUUAGUUUUAUAACGCUACAAGUGAAGGCUGCCAAAAAGAAUUUGCAAGCAUGGACACAGAUAAAGGAAUGUAUUCAGAAUAUGCCGGCCUGAGGUGAACAAAUCGAUUAUACCAAAUUAUUUCAUAACAUAUGUAAGCAUGUUACAUUUAUAUGUAAAAUUAUUAUAAUUAGGUUAUUUCAAUUAUCAGCAAUUUAGGAAUUGAACAAAGCAUCUGCAAAUAUUUAUAUAGUACAGUCAUGAAGAAAAAAUCAACCUAAAAAUAGCUUCAAAAAUCGUAUUUAUUUAAAAAUUCUCAAAUCUAUUUUUUUAAUCUCUCUAAUUUACUAAUUUCUUGAUAAUAGACAAUCUUGAGAUGCGGACCAAAACCUUUUUACAAUCAUUUUUUUAAUUCUUUGCCUCUGUACGUUUUAGGUACUAUUUAGCUAGUUAUAAAAUUUGUCUUUUAUAUUUUAGCACUAUGUUUUUAUUAUGUUUUUGGUGUAUAUCGACAUAUCAUAAUCAUAUGAUCAUCGGAGUCACCCCAUAUUAGGGUAGGUUCCGAGCCCCUCGGUGGGGACGUAUAGUGAGCUGGUGAUGAUGAUGAUCUCCUUAAAACAAGUUUUGUCAGCAUUUAAUAUGAUAAAAGACAAGUAAAAAUAAAAUAUUUUCAUCAAAUCAAUAAGAAACCUUGAUAUUUUUCCAAACAUUUUUUCUAUGUAUUUUAAUAAUUCUGGUUAGUCUAUUAUUUUUA